CGACCCACGUAAAGGUGAGCGUUGUGUCCUUAAUUGUUGUAGUAAGUGCUAAUGUCCACAUGUUUGCGGGGUUUUUUUUCUGUUCCUCGUCGCUACGGGCUCGAAGAGGCAACGCGCCCAGGUCUGCAAGACCAGCCGCCUUGGAUUAGCCCACCAGGAACCGUCAUGGCGCUGACCUCCACGUUCGACAUUGACGCACCGCGAUGGGACCAGUCCACAUUCACGGGCCGGCUGAAGCACUUCUUCAACAUCACCGACUGGCGGACGGCGCUCCUGCCGGACUCGCGCCUGGACGAGGCCAAAGCCUUAGUGGAGAGCUGCAGGGCAGGUUCCGUCCCACCGGGCACCACGGAGGAGCAGCUCCACUACGCCAAGAAGCUCUAUGACUCCGCCUUUCACCCCGACACGGGGGACCGUAUGAACCUCAUCGGACGUAUGUCCUUUCAGGUACCAGGAGGCAUGGCCAUCACGGGCGCCAUGCUCCAGUUCUACAGGACGGUCCCUGCGGUGGUGUUUUGGCAGUGGGUCAAUCAGUCCUUCAACGCGCUGGUCAACUACACCAACCGCAACGCCGCGUCAAGCAUCACCCCGAAGCAGAUCGGCGUGGCCUACGUCACGGCCACCAGCACGGCUUUGGCUACGGCGGUCGGGCUCAACCUCUACACGAAGAGAGCGCCCCCUCUGGUCGCACGAUGGGUCCCUUUCGUGGCCGUGGCAGCGGCCAACUGUGUCAACAUUCCCAUGAUGAGGCAACAAGAAAUCCUAAACGGCAUCGCUGUCACCGAUGAAAAUGGGAACAAACUCGGCCACUCAAAAAAGGCGGCGGCGAAAGGCAUCACCCAGGUGGUCAUCUCCAGGAUCACCAUGGCUGCACCAGGAAUGAUCAUCCUCCCCAUCAUUAUGCAGAGGCUGGAAAAAUACAAAUUCAUGCAGAGAAUCACGUAUCUCCACGGGCCCAUUCAAGUGAUGAUGGUGGGCGUCUUUUUGGUCUUCAUGGUGCCGGCAGCCUGCUCUUUGUUUCCACAGAAAUGCUCCAUUGCCGUGUCCAAACUAGAGCCGGAACUCCGUGACGCCAUCCUGUCCAAGCACGGCGACGCCGUACAAAGCGUGUACUUCAACAAAGGCCUCUGAGGCCCGAGCAGGACUGAACAUACACACUUUUAUGCCAUUUAUCCUUAUUGUAAUUAUCUUUCAAAGAGGUGCUUCAAUGGAACUAUAAAGUAACGUGGUACGUUUUUUAAUCCCCUUAUGAUUCUUACAAUGAAUUAUUCCUUUUUUGUGUUUUUUUUGCUCUCUUCACAAACCAAACAAUCUCUUCUCAGGAACUUUCAUUACUUUUCCUCAACACCAGACUCUGUUAAACCCAGACUAAAAUAUGUUCUGAGAACUUUUUCUUUUCUUUUUUUUUUUUAUAUAUAAGUGUUAGGUGCCUUGAAGAGCAUUGCUUUGACAAUAACAAGGCUCCUGGGAAAGCCCCAAACUGACCUCUAUGCAUGGAUCAAGUGCAGCCAAGAGUGGACAAUACUCACUCUUUCUUUUCAGAUAUGGGAGCAAUAGUGACAAAAAGGGGGAGGAUGACUGAUUGUGAGUGGGGUUUUUUGCAUGAUUCAUUUUAAAGAUGGCCUCAUGAAAGUGAAAUCAGACCAUAAUCCUCAGAAUAAGAUGAAAUAAACGACAAAUACUUGAAAUACA